AUGUCCACAACUGUAUUUGUUUCAGGAGCUACUGGAUUCAUUGCUCAACACAUUGUAAAGCAAUUGCUUGAAGAUAAUUACAAGGUUAUCGGUUCAGUGAGAAGCUCUGAGAAAGGUGAACAUCUCAAGUCAUUACUUGCCAAUGCUGGAUUGAAGGCUGAGAAUUUUUCAUACGAAAUCGUUAAAGAUAUUGCUGCUAAAGGUGCUUUUGAUGAAGCUUUGAAGGCGCAUCCAGAGGUUACUGUCUUUUUGCACACUGCUUCACCAUUCCAUUUUAAUGUCCAAGAUGUUGAGAAAGAAUUGUUGAAGCCAGCAGAAGAAGGUACCACCAACGCUCUCAAUGCCAUCAAAGAAUACGGUAAGAAUGUUGAAAGAGUUGUUGUUACUUCUUCGUAUGCAGCUAUUACUGGUUUUGCAGAUUUGGCAACUCCUGGUAAAACUGUUGACGAAAGUUCAUGGAACCCAAUCACUAAAGAACAAUCAUUAAGAGACGCGUUUAACGGUUACGUUGGUUCCAAAAAACUCGCAGAGCAAAUUGUUUGGAAGUAUGUUGAAACUAAUAAACCCAAAUGGGGCGUCUCUGUGAUUAAUCCAGUGUACGUCUUUGGACCACAAGCAUUUGAGGUCAAGGACAAGUCAGCAUUAAACACCUCCAAUGAAGUUAUCAAUGGUAUUUUGAAAGCGGGCCAGGACAACUCACAACCAAUGCAAGUAGCUGGUUACUUUAUUGAUGUCAGAGAUGUUGCUAAAGCCCACAUUGUUGCAUUCCAAAAGGAAGAUGCUAAAGGUGAAAGACUCUUGUUGUCAGCUGGUUCUUUCAUUUCUAAAGAUAUUUACAACAUUAUUGAACAGGAUUUCAGUCAAGUGAAAUUGCCAACCUUGGAUGAAUCUAAAAAGGUUGAUUUUGAUAAAACCGAGAGUAUCAUAAAUAAUGACAAGACCAAGAAGAUUUUGGGCUUCAAAUUCAUUGAUUUGAAAAAGAGUAUUGAUGAUACUGUUUCGCAAAUUUUAAAUUAA